CUGACACUAACGUUUCUUUUCCUGUUCAGCUCUAAGUAACAUUUAUUGGCGGGCAGCUAUUUGCCCCAUCUGCAGAAGCGCCCCCUUGAGGUCAGGUGAGCAGCCUUACAAGAGGAGGCCAGGAUAUAGGUACCACACACUGGGCAUUGCAAUGUGGCAAAAACUAAACUCCAGUACAGUAUUGCAGGGCGACUCCUUGGCUGAUAUCCAUUACUUGCCCAAAGGCAAUUAGAAGUCUCUGCAAUGCAUUCCUAAUUGCAUAAAAGCCAUAAAGAGAAAUGUUAGUUCCACAGGCGGCCAACCUACCCCCCCCGUAAGACUCCGCCCCUGCAGGUUGGUAUAAAUAUCAGGAAAUUGGGCAGCACAGAGCGGCUUCCCUUCUGGACAGAGGCACUCGAAGCAAGAAUAUGGCGUGGGGGCUAUUCACUGCUCUGCUGCUCUGCGUGAGCGGGACCGCGCUUAGUAGGCCACUUGAGCUCCUGCAGUUCUUAGACUCUCCAUCUGGGGGCGAGACCAUUGUGAGAGAUCAACCUGAAGGCCUCCCUAUAGAGGACAUCAUUGGAUCCAUUGAAAAGAUGAAUAAAGGAAGAACCAGGCUGCUGCAGCACGGAGACAUGGCCAUCCCAACCGGGCGCAGUGCCAUUCGCUGCACCAGCAAAGACUGCUAUUGGCCUAAAUCUGCUAAUGGACUGGUCAAUGUUCCCUAUACCCUGGCAGCAGAAUACAAUGUACAGGACAGAGCCACUAUAGCAGCAGCCAUGUUGGAAUUUUCUACCCUGACCUGCAUCCGGUUUGUUCCCCAUACUAAUGAGAGAGACUUUCUCAAUAUCAUAUCAGACAGUGGCUGCUGGUCAUUUCUGGGGCGUGCAGGAGGUGGGGGGCAGGACUUGUCCCUACAGAGAGGUGGUUGUUUGUCCAAUGGGAUCAUACAACAUGAACUGAACCAUGCCCUGGGAUUCGUACACGAGCACACCCGCAGCGACCGGGAUUCUUACGUUAAGAUCUUUUGGAAUAACAUCCAACCAGAGUACAAAGACAGCUUCAACAAAACUGACACUGAUAAUCAGGGCAUGGAGUAUGACUACGGCUCUGUAAUGCAUUAUGGGAGAAACUCCUACAGCAUUGAUUACCAGCUUCCCACCAUUCAGCCCAUUCCCAAUGGGUUAAUCCCAAUCGGACAGAGAUAUGGACUGAGCAGCCUGGACGCGGCCAAAAUUAACAGGCUCUAUAACUGCAGCAUAUGCAGCUCUGUUCUGUCGGGUUUCUCCGGGAUCUUUUCCUCCAGCCCUUCCUAUUACCCAAACAACCAGAACUGCUCCUGGCUGAUCCGCAUUCCAUUAGACAAGGUCCUGCUGCAGUUCAGUGCAUUUGAUGUCCAGUCCACCAGAGGUUGCACUGCCGACUACAUCCGUGUAUUUGACGGGCCCAGUAGAUCUUCGCCUUUGCUACUGGACCGGACGUGCGGCAGUCACCAGCUGCCAUCUUUAGUGGGGUCUGGGAACGUGAUGCUGGUAGAAUUCGUCACUGAUGCAGCUGUUAGUGCUACUGGCUUCAAAGCAUCAUACAGCACAGUGAGCUGCGGCGGAACUCUGACCGUGCCCGGUGGGAAUUUCUCCAGCCCCGGAUACACAGAACAUGAGCCGUACCCUCCUUUCAGUGACUGUACCUGGACAAUGAUUGCCCCGGUGGGGUACAAGGUGCGGCUCAAUGUCCUGGAUGUGAGUGUAGAGUACAGCAGCUCAUGUCAGUACGAUUCCAUAGAGAUCAGGGAUGGCACGGUGCCCACGGCCCAGCAGCUGGUGAAGAAAUGUGGCACAGGGAACAUCCCCACCGUCACCUCGUCCCAAAACUCCCUGCUCCUGCGCUUCUACAGCGACAGCUCCGACGAGUCUACGGGAUUCCUGGCCAAGUAUUCAUUCGUUCCAGCUGCCUGAAGGGAUGAAGGAGAUAACGCAGAACCAGAAGAGACCACCAGAAGGAAGCUGGGGGGUAUCCCUGCCCCUGAAUGUUGUUUAACCUUGCCCUUCUCCCCUCCCCACAAGUAUUGCUUUGGUUUGAUCCAGCAUGAAUCCCCCCUACUGACUGUGUAACGUUACUCCCCCUACUGACUGUGUAACGUUACUCCCCCUACUGACUGUGUAACG